CUCCCCAGCACAAGCACACCUCACCCAGCAUGUCCACCUCCGCCGCACCUCUCGAGGCGCCGCCCACGCCGCAGCAGCUGCUCUUCGCGCGCGCCCUCAUCUCCACCUUUGCCCUGUGGCCCGCGCUGCGCCUCGCCGUCGCCGAAGAGUGGGGCGGGCCCGACUCUGCCGACAAGGCCGACUUUCUCCUCUCGCACCUCGCCGACACGCAUGCCGGCGCCCUGCCUGCCGAGCCGGACCUCGACGAUCUCGCAGACGUGCUCGUGGGCUACUUUGGCGACGAGUUCGAGACGCGUCUGGAGGACGAGAGUGCCGACUAUGUCGCUGGACGCAUCGUCACGCUGCAUCGCCUCUGCUUUGGCGACGACGAACAGGCGGCAAACGCGGCCGUGGCGAGCCUGGAACAGGCGGCCAGCAAGCUGAGGGGCACGGCGAUGAAGACGCACCGGGAGGCCAACGACGACGGAGGAGACUCGGAGAGCGAGAGCGACGAGGAUGGCAUGGAGGUGGAUGAGGCGCCCGCAAGACCGCAACGCGCACCACGGCCCGAGCCCGAGGUCGACGAGGACGGCUUCACCACUGUCGUCGGUCGGCGUCGCUGAAGGCGUGGGAGAGGCGGUCGUAUGGAGAGAUGCAGGUGUCAGGGGCCGACAGUGAUGAGGGCAUCGGAGCUGGGCAAGGCAGGCAGGGCGAUGAGAGGCGGAGAGAGGAAGGAGGAAAUAGCGAAUGGAUUUGGAAGCUGCGAGCAGGACUGGUGGUACAAUAGAGCAGGUGACGCAGGAGUGAAGCGGCGGUGGUAGCGCAGAGGCGGAAGCAAGGGAGGCGCGGAACGAGAGCAGCGUGGCUAUGCAAAGCAAGGGAGAAGACGAGGUGCAACGAGGUCCGAAGAGAAAGAGAGGUGCGAGACAGGGCAGAAGAUCAUGCGCGCAUCCUCUUCAAGCCCUCUUCUUUCUCGCUCCGCCUUUCUCUUCCGCCCCUCUCUUCUCCUUUGCCUCCUUGCCGCCCUCUCCCAUUUUGUGCUCCCGCACGAGCUUGUUGGCCUCCCACGCCACAAACCUAU